UCUAAGUUGUUCUAACAAUUUAAAUCCAAUAAUGGCAUCAGAAUUACGCCAAGCAAUUUCAGUGAUCCGAAAAGCUCCUGAAUUGAUCACUCCGGCAGCACCAACGCCACAAGAAAUCAAGAAACUUUCAGAUAUAGACGAUCAAGAAAGCCUGAAGUUUAACGUUCCAUCAUUAUUCUUUUACAAGAACAGUCCUUCACCUGAAAUGGAAGGGAAAGAUCCAGUUAAGGUCAUCAGGGAAGCUCUAAGUAAAGCACUUGUCUUUUAUUAUCCUUUAACCGGAAGGCUGGUGGAAGGCGACAAUCGCAAGCUUCUGGUGGAUUGCAAUGGCGAAGGAAUUUUGUUUACAGAAGCUGACGCUAAUGUCAAACUUGAGCAUUUUGGCGAUGAAAUUCAGGUUCCAUGUCCAUAUGUGGACCAGCUGCUGUAUAAUGUUCCAGGCUCUGAUGCCACUCUUGGUUGCCCACUUUCGUUGAUUCAAGUGACUCGUCUUCUGUGUGGAGUAUUCAUUCUCAGGCUACGUUUUAUCCACACAAUUUUUGACGGAUUUGGCUUCGUACAAUUCCUGAAAGCCGUGGAGGAGAUGACAAAAGGUGCAAAUUCGCCAUCAUUAACACCUGUUUGGCAAAGGGAAAUUCUAAAUGCAAGAAAUCCACCACGAAUAACAUGUAGCCACCAUGAAUUCCAGCCUGUAAAGAACUCCAGAGAUAUCUUCCUGAACUUUAAUCCAGAUGAUAGCCCACAAUCAUUCUACUUUGGCCCCGAAGAGAUAGCAUCACUUCGUCACCAACUUCCCUCUCACCUUGAAAAAUGUUCGACGUUUGAUUUGAUAACAGCUUGUUUAUGGAGAUGUCGUACGAUUGCACUUGAAACAAAUCCUGAUGAGAUUGUUCGACUUUCAUUCGCAGCUACCGUUCGCGGCAAGCAUUAUAACAAGCUCAUACCUCCAGGAUACUACGGAAAUGCUUUUGCAUAUCCAGCUAUAUGUUCAAAGGCUGAUGAUUUGUGCAGGAAACCAUUGGAAUAUGCAGUGGAAUUAGUGAAGAAGAUGAAGACUGAUAUGAAUGAAGAGUAUAUAAGAUCUGUGGCAGAUCUUAUGGUCAUCAGGGGAAGGCCUAAAUAUACGAGCGAGGGACUCUUCAUUGUCUCUGAUAAUUCUCGAGCUGGGUUCGAUGAGGUUGAUUUAGGGUGGGGGAAGCCGGUGUUUGGUGGAAUCGCUGGGGCUUUAUUACUCAUCAGUUUCUAUUUGAAGUACCAAAAGAGAGAUGAAGAGAUUGGAAUUAUGGUACCAAUAUGCUUUCCAUUGUUAACCAUGUUGAAGUUUCAAGAAGAAAUGAAGAAGAUGACCAAAGCACCUAUGUGAAAAUGAUGACCAAACCAUGUUGAUCCCAUAGGCGUGUCUUUUUAUUGUUACUAGUCUCACUCACUCAAUAACUCAUGGUUAUAAAAACGUGCAAAUGGGAUCAAGUUUGGAGAGAUUGGAACAUUGAUGUCUCAUUGCAGAUGGAGCGUCAAGUAAUCUGCAUAAAUGGUAUUUUCUAUUGUGCGAUUGCUAUGAGAUGCACAUUUUCUUAAAUACA